UUGUCGAGCAUUUGUCACAUAAAGUUCCUUCCUGGCCUGUGGUGCCGUUCGAAUCAAUUAUCCUUUAAAUUCACAAACUAGCUUCUAUCCAAAGAUGAGGAUUCCAAUGGGACGCAAGCAGGCUGAGCAGGCCGCUCAAUGGGCAACUUCGGCUGCCGCUUACGGAGCAGCUGCGGCGCUGGUCGGUUGCUACCUCACCGACUGGAAGGUGAUCGUCUCGUACAUCCCCUUCUAUGGUGGCAAGUUCGACAAGAAGGAAUAGAGAGAAAGCUUGUGGUUUGUUACCGGCAACCCUCGAUCGAUUAGCUCGUAACUUAUUCUAGCAACAAUUACUACACACCCCAUCAAGAUUUGGAACUUUGUACUCUAGCAAAUUGCUCUUGUAUGUUGACAAAAAAUUCGCAGUUCAAUACGAGUUCGGAGUAAAACUCAAAGAAAUACU